UCAAAGGCAACAGGGAGUCAAGACAUGGCGCGAGUUCGUUAUUUUCAAUUUUUUUGGUCUGUCUGUCCCUGUCUUGUAAUCAAUGUAGUGUUAACUGUUUUUGAGGGUUACUCAUAACCAGCAAAUUCAAACAUUGAGUUUACAAUAUUAUAUGAGCUUAUGUUACUGUCAGUGAUUGAUUCAUUAACUUAAUUUAAAUGCAGUAACAGCUGGGCUGAAUGAUUUGUUCUCGCAAUGGAUUUUUGCUUUUGGGUUAUUCUGUAACUAGUAACAGCUCAGUUCAUUUCGUUUAUAAUGAAUAAAGUACUAGUUUCAAGUACACCACAUCCGAAGAGAAAUCACCAUCGUUUUACUGAUCUUUUUGAUGAUGAUCCAGUAUCUCCCAUCACUCAGCUUGACAACAACCCGGUUCAUAAACAACCUGUUAAAAUUUGUAUAUCAAAGGUAAAAUCUGUAAAGCAAGUCACAAGGAAAAAUCCGGUUUUACCACAGAAUAAGAAGAAUGAAGAAUGUGCCAGCAGUGCUGUACUCAGGGAACUGGGAGCUGUUGGAAAGACACACAGGAUGCUGCUCUCUCAUUCCCGCAAUUUGUAUAACAUGUAUCCUGAGUUAAUUAUUGUUGAUUCAGAUGAAGAUGAUACAGAAGCAUCAUCUCCCAUUGACAAACCGCAGGUGAAAAAAAUGAAAAGGGUUACUAAAUCAAAUGCUAAAACAGGUACUAGUGCAGAAGACUCAUCCAUCAAACAACGUGCAAAUUCCAAUCCAGAACUGAAUGGAAAAGACAGACCACAAAGGAGAGGAGCUUCAAAGGUUUCAGAUAAAACAAUACCACUCGGUACUGUAAACCAAGGACCUCCUCUAGAUUGUUCUGAAAACAUCCCGGCUACAAAAACAAAGAAAAUUGUAAAAAAGAGUAGAAAAGCCCCAAUUUCAAAAGAUUCUUCCACAAUUGUCAUAAACAGUGGAGAUGAAAGCAAAUUAUCUCGGGACUCUGUACUAGAUAAUGUGAUGUGCAGUCAAAAGAAACAGUGUAUAAAGUUGCCAAUAAUCGAAGAUUUGUCUGAAGAAGAAAUAAUUACAUUUACUCCCAGGAGGAUAAAAAGUAAUAAGAACAAAAUUGAUACAGCAGUCACUGUAGAAGAAAGCAAUAGCAAUGUAGAUAAGGUAGAAAACAAUCUUGAAAAUAUGAGUGAAAUUGUUAAUACAGUUCAACAAUGUGAUAAAAAGCUACCUCCCAGAAGAUGCAAGAAAAUUACGGAAAUUGCACAAGUUGACAAAAAAAUAGAACAUCCUAAAAAUGAUAAUAAUUGCAUGGAAAAUUCUUUUCCCAAAGGAUGUGUUUCUCAUUUCAAGGACGUAGUUUUCAAACAUAGCAUGCACACUGGAGGCAUUACUGCAAAUUGCCUUAAAACUGAGAAGCUGAACUUUGGAUAUAUCGAAGUCACGGGAGUUUUUGAAGGAAAACGUUCAAAUAUUACGUUUACCGUGCUGGAAGGUGAAGUAGUCGCGACCUGGAUGGGAGCCUCACAAAAACUAUCACCUGGAGAUAUUCUUCAUGUCAACACAGAUUCAGGAUACAAAUUCCAAAAUGUGGGGGACAACAGUUACGCCCGUCUACUGUACAUCAAAGAAAAUCAUCCAUAACCUUAUAAAAUAUACAGUAUAUAUUAGUCUUCUGGUCAACCACUGUAGUUCUUUUAAUGUCAAUUGUAACAUUAUUUAAUAAUUUUGUACAUUUUAUUCAUAAACUAUUAAGAUUUUAUGUAA